AUGAACUUGAAGCUGCUGCUGCUGCUUACUUUGUGUGCGGUGCCUAAAUGCAACGUCCACGCUUGCCCACAUAAGUGCUCCUGCUCUGGCAGUAAGGUGGAGUGCGCAGACGUCUCGACCAUGACGUCAUUCCCUGUUGACGGUUUACCACCCGACACAACUGUGUUGUCCAUCUGGUCUACCCAGAUUUCCUCUAUUGAAGCAAGUCAUUUAAAUGCUGUGCCCUUUUUGAACAGGCUUCAACUGUACGCAAACAAAUUGGACAAACUUCCUUCAAAUCUACUGCAGAACGCUUCCCGGCUAAACUCAUUGGACCUCACUGGAAAUGAGCUUGGACAUCUUCCUCCAGGAGUCUUCAACCAGAAGUCACUCCGAAACCUAGUCCUCAAAAAUAAUCACAUUGAACAAGCAGACGCAGGGUGGUUUGCUAAUAACAACAGCUUAAUCUGGUUGGACUUGUCCGGGAAUCGGUUAUCAGAUAUCCCAACAGCUUUGCUUCAGAAGCUAAAACAUCUGGAACAUCUGGACUUAAGUGACAACAACCUGCAAGAUCUGCAACCAGAUGCCCUGAAGAACCUGCACCAUCUGGACAUUCUUAACCUCGCCAGGAACAAACUCACCACUCUUCCUCCAACAGCCUUCAGUCACAACCCGAACCUCUUACGUCUGUUUCUACAGGAAAAUCUUCUUAGAGAGCUUCCACCAUCCCUUUUCUCAGGUCUGCAGCGUCUUCAGAUGCUUCUUCUCAACCAGAACCGGCUCCAGCAUAUCCCCGAGGGCCUGCUAGAUGGCAGGAAUUCUUCUUUCCAGUUGAUCCUAGCAACAAACCCAUGGCUCUGUGAUGGGAAAAUACAGUAUCUGUGGAGGUGGCUUAAUGAGCAUACACAGAAUGUCUUUUAUUUGGAGGAGGUGACAUGCAACAGACCCGAAGAGCUCAAAGACAGACAAGUUGUGUCUUUAACUGAAAGUGAACUUGGUCUGGUCAGAUGA